AUGCCUGAUGGUGCUGACCUUACGGGGGUUAACUUGAGUCGGAAUUCUCAUAUUCCUGCUUGUACCGAAUGUCGAGCUCGCAAAGCGAAGUGCACCAAAACUCGACCGUCGUGUGCACACUGUAGAGCUCUUAACAAGCGCUGUGUGUAUCCAGAAAAGGUGAAGAGGUCGCCUUUGACUCGGCAAUUGGAAGUGCUGGAAGCGGCCCUGGGGAAGCUGUUUCCAGGCGGUGACACGGAGACCAUAAUCCGUUCUUUGCUGAGUGACUCGCCGGAUCUCGAUGUUCCUUCACAGCCGAGCACAGAACCGGACUCAGUUUCCGAUAUACCCGUCGGCUUGACAAUUCAAAAUGAUCUAUCUCUAGUUUCCCAGCAGAAAGAUCCGAUAACCGACAAUUCAAUCGACGAUUUGACCGAUGCUGAGAUGAAAGAAUCUCAGGGCUCCUUGGAUGUUUAUAGUUUGAACCUACAGCCGAGUGACCUCCUGCCUUCGAUGACAGACGUUGAUGAGACCAGAUUGAUUCGAGCGUAUUUUGAGGAUUACCAUACCAUCUUCCCCUUUGUUCAUGAAACAACAUUCAUGAAACAAUAUGAAACCGGAAGCCUUGUCUCCCAAGACGGCGAUUGGGCGAUCCUGUGUGAUAUGGUACUGGCAGUGGGAUCAUGGUGCCUCCAGGACAAUGGUGACUUAAGCUACGGUCACAUCUUCUCUGAGCGAGCAAAGAAGAGGUUGGACCAGUUAUCUAUUCUUGGCCAACCUUCCAUUAGCCUAGUCCAGGCGCUAUUGCUAAUGAGUCACUACCACGAAAAGUAUGGCCAGCCAAAAGAUAGCUGGACCUUUCUCGGCCUUGCAACUCGGAUGUCCAUCAGCUUGGGGCUCCACGAGGAGUUAACAUAUUCUCGUGAUGAUAUCUCCCCCUUGGUUAAAGAGAUUUGGCGACGGGUUUGGUGGAGCGUGUAUUGUUUUGAUAGUUGCUCAUCAAAGAUCCAUGGUUUACCCCUUCUGCUGCCGGAAGACAAACUGGUUACCGUCAAACCGGUAUCGAAUAUAGCCGAUGAAGACCUGACGGAGAUAAGCCGGCUCCAUCCGAACGAGCGGGAUAAUUGGACAAUAUAUACCGGGUUGAUUUUGCAAUCUAGCUAUCACCGGAUGGCAAACAGUAUUAACCACCAGAUGCUCUCUACCGAUCAAAUAACCGUCCUCGAUUUGCACAAAUACGAACAAAUGAUUAACGAUUGGCAUAACAACCUCACACUCUGUACGCAACAUACUAUGGUGGAUGAACUACCCGUCUGGGCUCGGUACGCACGCGAUCGGCAGAUGCUCUGUGAUCGGAGCCUCCGACUUCUCAUUCAUCGCCCAGCGCUUCUGGACUGGCUUAGAAGGAAGAAGAUAUCUCGGGGCCAGGCUAUCCGAGGGGAGGAACCAAGUGAGCGACAAUGCCGUACUAGUGGUCUAAACCUGGCCCGUGGUACCAUAAAGCUUACUUCACGCCUGAUUCAAGAGCAUCAGUAUUCCAAUGUUACGCUGCCUUUUAUCCUUUAUGCCCUCUUGCACGCCGUCCUCGUCCCUAUUAUCCAUUUGAAGGCCGAUCAGUCUGUUCCUGAGUCUAUCACAUGGCUUCAAGACAUUGAGGAGGCUAAGCAAACGCUGUCCUGCGUUUCUGUUCAGCACGACGCCCUGGCGACUCAUUUUCUUGUCAUUCUCAACCGGAUCACUCCGUCCUCUUUUACAGUCACUGACGAGAACGAGAACCGCAACGCCGAGCCGCUGCAGCCCAGUGAGCUCCAGCCUGCGCCGACGGGUAUAUUUGGUAAUAGUGAGCUCAGACUGUUGGAGCCUACCAUCGCGCGGCCUACUUCCCCCUUGGCCUUUUCGGAGUGGAUUCAUGGUUUACCAUAG